UCGAAUGGUGAAGCGAGUUUGUAACUUUUGUCAGUUCGUUGUUUGAAAAUUUUGCGUAAUGGAUUGAGUUCCGGACGGAAAAAAACCCGUCAGUAGAUUGAACAUACUGAUUCUCAUUCGGACGGAAUGGAUUUCGAAGAGAACUUAGUGGAGCGACACAAUUCAGUCGAAUAUUUCGACGCGGUGAUCGGUCACAUCGAGGAUAUUGUAAUUGGCGAGGAGUUUCAGACAAUGGUAAACCAGUUUAUGGAUUGUUACUAUCAUUUGUUUGAAUCGGACGAGGAGAAUAAAUUUGUUUACACGGAAAUCUACCAAAAGUACACCAACCUGAUCGAGACGUUUAUCGUGGAGAAUUUGAACGAACGGAUGAGUUGUUUCGAUAUGGAUUUAUUUGCUCUCGAGUUGGAAAACAAGAAGUCACAAGUGGAUGGAGAAAUCUUCGAGCUACUGUACACCCUGACUGAUUUCCUUGCCUUCAAGGAGAUGUUAAUCGACUAUAAGGCCUUCAAGGAAGGAACUUACGACGAACUGAACAAGAAUUUUAGCGUAACCAGCCUUCAGAAGUGAAGUAAUGUCCAUUAAUUUGAUAUUUUUUUUAUUUCGCUUAAU